UUUUGUCAACAAACACGCUUGACAGUUUUCAACGCAGCAGACCGGCCUGCUCGUUUUUCGAAUUUUGUGGUUGAAUUUUCCCCGGAAAAAUGGCCCCGAAAUCGGCCACUAAGAAAGAAAAACCACUCUGGUGGAAUUGUGAAAAGUGCCAAACGUACCUGCCAACCAGUGAGCUGACGAAGCACCAGGAAGCAAACUGUACGAACAUCGGAACACUCUCCGGUUAUGUUUCUGCCGGUGAUACCUUCCACUGCCGGAAGGUUGAAGUUGGUACGCUCGUAACGUUGGAAGAGGUGAAGAGAUGUACCGACGCACAACGGUACCGAUUGGUCACGUUGCCUCUGAGUGUGAUGAGAAAGCUGGGAUUAAUGCUGGGCGACUACGUGGAGAUCUCAUUGAGCAGAAACGGAACCCCGGUUGGUACGAUCGUUCGCGUUGUGUGGCCGGUAGAGGAUCGCACCGGGACCAAAAUCGCCCUUGAAGCUCUAGAUGAGUUCGACAGCGACAAGAGCAACGAACUUAUCGCUAGCGUGACUGCGAUCGAUCCAAGCAAGCUGGAAGAUGCACAAGAAAUUAGUCUCCGUCUUGAGGAUCCUGAAGAUCAGGGUAAAGUGUUCAACAAAAAUGGCCAGUUCCUGGUCUCCUGUUUAAAGCAUCAACUGCAAGGCAGCGUGGUGAUUAGGGAGAACCAGAUCGCUUUAAAGAUUUGCAACAAAAUGUUCGCCUUCCGCAUUGUGAAUGUUCGCACCGUCGGUGAAGGUGACACGGUGACCGAACAGUUGAACCGAAUGAGCUUGCAGGAUCGUCGAAUGUUCGUUGUACUGCGUACCACGAAGCUCGUUGUGCUCGAUAAUGCUCAAAUGGAACAGGAGAUCCAUCAGAAUCAACGGUACGCCCUCGAACGUAUCGGAGCUCUUGACGGCAUCAUCACUGAACUGCGGACACUCAUGGAUGCGGCGUUUAGUAUCGAGACACGGAAGCGCCACGGUCCCAUAAGUCGUGGUGUACUCCUGUACGGUGUCUCGGGUGUAGGCAAGACAAUGCUGGUCAAUGCAUUGGCCGCACACUACCGGUGCCAUGUGGUUCGCCUGAACUGUUCGGAGGUAUACAGCAAGUUCUACGGCGAAUCGGAAGCGAACGUUUCUCGCCAGUUUAGCGAAGUGUUCGAAGUUCAUCCCAAACCGGCCCUCGUCAUCGUAGAGGAACUGCACAAUCUCUGUCCAAAGGCGAGUUCAAGCGAUAUCGGCAAACGCAUCUCGCAACACUUUCUUAAUCUGCUCGAUAGUCUGCACAGCUCGGCACGUGGUAACCGCUCCCUGGUGAUCGGUACAACGGACAAUGUGGACAACGUGAAUGCGUUGUUACGUCGUGGAGGACGCUUGGAUUACGAGUUCGAACUACCGGUUCCAGAUGCUGCAGGGCGCGAGUCCAUAUUGCAGCGAGUCUUGUCACGAGCUACUCACAGUCUGUCCAGUGAGGAAAUCCGUUCAAUUGCCCGCAUAACGCACGGUUAUGUUGGGGCCGAUUUGGAGAACUUGGUGGCCAAUGCUGCGGGUGGUACAGCAGGAUCGUCGACGAUCGAUAGUCAAGCACUGCUGACGGCAACUCAGCACGUAAAGGCCAGUGCGAUGCGUGAAAUUAUGAUUGAGUGCCCUAAUAUCCGUUGGACAGAUAUUGGAGGGCAGGAGGAACUUAAACAUAAACUGCGUCAAAUCAUUGAUUGGCCUAUCCACCAUCCCGAAGUGUUUACACGGCUCGGUAUUAAACCACCACGCGGUUUGCUCAUGUUCGGACCACCGGGAUGCUCAAAAACGAUGAUCGCCAAAGCGAUUGCGACGGAGAGCCGAUUAAAUUUUCUAUCGAUCAAGGGAUCCCAGCUGUUCUCGAUGUGGGUUGGUGAAUCGGAACGAGCGGUGCGGGAUCUGUUCCGCCGAGCACGUCAGGUAGCGCCCUCGAUAAUCUUUUUCGAUGAAAUCGAUGCGAUCGGUGGCGAACGAUCCGGUGAUGGUGGAAGCGGUGGCAGUUCUGUGAAAGAACGCGUCCUGGCUCAGCUGCUGACCGAGAUGGAUGGUGUGAGCGUGCUAAAGGAUGUGCGCAUUGUAGCGGCCACCAAUCGACCCGAUCUUAUCGACCGUGCCUUGAUGCGACCUGGUCGAUUGGAUCGCAUCGUGUACGUGAGGCUACCGGAUGAGGCCGCACGGGAGGAGAUCUUUCGUAUUAAACUGAAAACAAUCCCAACGGCCGCUGAUGUGGACCUGCAGGAGCUGGUGCGUCGUUCGGUCGGUUGCUCUGGCUCGGAAAUUGAAGCCAUCUGUCAGGAGGCAGCACUGCGUGGACUCGAAGGCUCGUUCGAUGUGCAAACCAUCAACUGGUCACACUUUGAGCACGCUCUCCAACUCGUACGACCACGUACCAGUCCCGAUCUCUUACGCCUGUACGACGACUAUCUAAAGCAACAUCAAUAAAAGUGAGAUCACCGAGAGCU